CCGAACGUCGACGCGCUCAGACAAGUUUCCUGAAUACUCGCAAUGAAGAUCAUCUGGGGCCUCGUACUGCUGCUGAGUCCCGUGCUGGGCACCUCUCUGCGGGAGAACUACUGCGAGCGGAAUGUGACCGUGCGGUCCGUGCAGCCCGUAACCAAGCAGCGGACCAUUGUUAAGCCACCGUCCAAGUGGAAGUUCUGGAAGAAGCCCGAGAAGAAGACCGAGUUCUACAACGCCGAGGAGGAGCAGGUCACCUACAAGCUGGUCAGCGAGUGCUGCCAGGGAUUCGUCCAGGUGGAGUCUGGUCUCUGCGAACCCGUCUGCGAUCGGGGCUGUCCCGCCCAUGCCAGUUGUGUGGCGCCGCAACGGUGUCAGUGCAUCAGCGGUUACAUCUCCGCCCUGAACCACCAGGACGGCACCCACUACUGCGAGCCCAUCUGCGAGAGGGGCUGCGCCAGUGGCUCCCAGUGCGUGUCGCCCAACACUUGUGCCUGUCGCGAGGGCUACAAGCACUUGGCCCCCUCCGGCGACGGUGUCAGUGGCGACUGCGUGCCCACCUGCCAGCUGGGUGACGGCUGUGCCAACGGAAAGUGCAUCGACGUGGAGCGCUGCUCCUGCAAUCCGGGGUAUCUGUGGGACAAGGAGGAGGACAGAUGCGCGGAGGUCAGUGCCGAGUCGAUCGCCGAUGAGCUGGACACAACGGAAUACAGUACAAUGGAGGCAGCCAUUGCCACCGAGACUGGCGCCACCGACUGCGCCGAGGACUUUAUACUCUUCCGCGGCGAGUGCCGGGAGAAACAGUUCAACAGCAACGAGGCGGGCUGUCUCCAGGGCGGCUGUGGUCCCCACCAGACCUGCAGCGAGUCGGGCCUCUGCCAGUGUGCGGACGGCUACCUUCAGGAGGAGAGCGCCGAUCAGAACGCCACUCUCAGCUGUCGUCGCACCCUGCUCGACCAGAUACUCAGCCUCGACGCAGCUACCGAUGACGAGGACGAGCUGAAUCCCUGGACCAUUCCCAUCAUUGGUGUGGCCAGCGGCGCGCUCUUCGUGCUGCUUCUGGUGGGUCUGCUCGGCGGAAUGCGCCAUCGCCAGAGACGAACUGCGCCCAAGCCCAAGGAGGGGGAGCUCCAGUGUCAGUUCUCGCAGAAGAGCUACGACGUGGACGAGUUGGUGCCAUGAGGGGAAUGUGGUCAGUGGGGUCUCAUGAGUUCGGCUGUGUUAGAUCAUCUUUGAUUUGUAUAUUAUAAAUAUUAUUUGAGAAUAAAGCUUAC